GACAGCGUGCUUCGCGCCGAGCGCGUGAGCCAACCGUUUCGCGGGCGAGCGGGACCCGCUAACGGGCAACGGACCGGAAACCAUGUGAAGGAACCGAACCGAAACCGGGCGCGGCGCUUAAGUUAGCAUGGGCGUCUGAAAUAAUUUUAUGUAUAUAUAUAUGUAUAUAUAUAUAUAUAUAUAUAUACAUAUAUUUUUUAAAUCAUUAAGCCGGUCACUACCUCUACCUUUCCGUCCGUUGAACGCACAGGUGCGCGCGCGCGCUGCCCGCGUCUUCGUUAAAAGCAACGGCCAUGGCCGAGCUGGAGCGGAAACCCUGCCAACGGGCACCGGUUCGGGUCGGAUUUUACGACAUCGAGCGCACUUUGGGGAAAGGGAACUUCGCCGUGGUGAAGCUGGCGAGACACCGGAUCACCAAGUCGGAGGUUGCCAUAAAGAUCAUAGAUAAGACCCAGCUGGAUGCUGCAAACCUGGAGAAGAUCUACAGGGAGGUGGAGAUCAUGAAGCUGCUGGACCAUCCGCACAUCAUUAAGCUUUACCAGGUCAUGGAGACCAAGAACAUGCUCUACUUGGUCACUGAGUAUGCCAAAAACGGAGAGAUCUUCGAUUACCUGGCUAGCCAUGGGCGCUUGAGUGAGGCAGAAGCACGGAGAAAGUUCUGGCAGAUCCUGUCAGCUGUGGAGUACUGCCACGAGCGCAGCAUCGUCCAUCGAGACCUGAAGGCUGAGAACCUGCUGCUGGAUGCAAACAUGAACAUCAAGAUCGCAGACUUUGGCUUUGGGAACUUCUUCCAGCCAGGGCAGCCUCUAGCCACAUGGUGUGGCAGUCCACCUUACGCUGCUCCUGAGGUGUUUGAAGGACAGAAAUAUGAAGGUCCACAGCUAGACAUUUGGAGUAUGGGGGUAGUCUUAUAUGUGCUGGUGUGUGGUGCAUUACCGUUUGAUGGUCCCAGCCUACCUGUUUUGAGACAGAGGGUCCUUGAAGGCCGUUUCCGCAUCCCUUACUUCAUGACCGAGGACUGCGAACAUCUGAUCCGGAGGAUGUUGGUCCUUGACCCGGCCAAGAGGUUGGCCCUAAGCCAGAUUCGUCUGCACCGCUGGAUGGUGCAGGAGGUACCAUCACCAAAGCCCCAUCUCAACCAGCAGAGCGUGGGAGAACAUAGCGAGCAGGUCCUUCGUCUCAUGCACAACCUUGGCAUCGACCAGCACAAGACCGUCGAGUCUCUCCAGAACAAAAGUUACAAUCAUUUUGCUGCUAUCUACUACCUGCUGGUGGAGCGACUCAAGGCCCACAGAAGCAGUUUCCCUGUGGAACAGAGGCUCAACGGUGCUCAGCGCCGGCCAAGCACUGUGGCUGAGCAGACCGUACUCAAGGCUUCUGUUCCAGCUCUGCAAGCCACACGCCACCUGCGCUCACCCAUUCUCCUGCAGACCUCCACUGAGACUUUCAGCUUCACACAAAGCACUGCUUCUCCAGAGCAAGCCCUAAUGGAGGAGGAGGAGGUGGCUAUUCCCAAGGUGGAUGGCUGUCUGCUGGAACCUCUGCCCCCUGUCGUGGUACGUAAUGCUAGUGGCUCGUUUCCAGGUACUGUUACAGAGUCAUCCAUAGACGAAGGAAUUGAAGCUGAAGAUGAACAGAGCAUCCACUUAAGCCAGCAUAGACAAACACUGUCAGAGGGCACCAACCAACUGGGCACAGUGUCUGCCUCAGGGAAGCUUCUCUCCAUGGCUUUGAACCCAUCUCUGGGCAGCAUGGACUCAGAGUAUGAUUUGGGCUCCACAAACAGUGACCUCAGCCUGGCUGAAGACCCUCCACCCCAUGGAGGAGGCAUGCUAACAUCCACGCCUGUCAGUCAAGCAGACCCCACCUUCCCCUGCUUGCAACCUUCUAACGCCAGCCCACAGAGCCUGAUCUCAGAGGAACGUAAGGCACAUAAUCAUUCAUUGGUCAGCUUUCGUGAAGGACGACGAGCGUCAGACACUUCUCUCACGCAAGGUCUGGUAGUUUUCCGGCAGCACCUCCAAAAUCUUGCCAGGACCAAAGGAAUUCUAGAGCUGAACAAAGCCCAAGUGGUUCUGGGAUCUGGAGAUGGUGACACCAGCUUUCAGCCUAAAAAUCUGGAUCUUCAACAGCAGGGAGAAGCACAUCAAUGUCGUAGUGGAAAGGACACAGCAGUGUUCUCAACUAAAAUGCACCCCUAUCUGCUGUCUAGACGGCAGUCACUGGAAACCCAGUGUCUUGCUCAGAGGCUGCAGAGAGCUAGUCUGCUGGCCAGUGGUGCUGGCAGUGGGCAAAUGUUCUGCAAAGAUCCUCUGCCUCGUACACUGGAGCAGCAACUACAGGAAUACAGACUCCAGCAGAAGAGGCUCCAUCUACAGAAGCAGUCUCAUCUGCAAGCCUACUUCCACCAGUCUCAGCUGGCAGACGACCGGUACCCACCCGUGCAGGAUCACGCCGAUACCGCCCUCGCCAGCCCAACAUUCUCUCGUACACCUCAGACCCUCAGUCCACUCUUGGAGCCUGGUAGCCCCUACCCAGAGAUGCACUCUGUUCCCUCAGACUGUGAGACGACGGAGGCUCAACAAGGAGGCUGUGUUCUGGUGAAGUGAAGCUCUUCCCUUUGCAGCCAGACACACUGAGGCUGGAUCUCAGAAAUACAAAUAGGAGAACAGCACCAAGUUCUCACGGACAAGCAAAAUAGUAUGUCGGUUGUGAAUCUUAAUGAGACACACAUCCCAUUGUGAUCCCAGUUCCAGAGUAUGGACUAUGAAGGAUUUUUGUUUUGUCAACUGUAAAAGUGGUAUUUCUUUGCUAAAUUAGCUAGAAAAGCACAAUAGGAACACAUGUUCUAGCAAAGAUUCAGAUUUGUGUCAGUAUAAAAGCAAUAUGUUUUCCCAGAAAAAGACAGUUUUAUGGUUAUUUCAUUUUAUUACAUUUUUAAACUUGAUCAAAUCCUAUUUGUAAAAUGGAAAAGUCAUCUUGAGAAGCAGAAAAAGCAGUUAUGAAGUCCUACGGCUCUAAUAUUUGGAUCUACUUAAAGGCUUGUUAUACUUCAUCACAACUGCUUCUGACAGCCAACUGAAACAAACCUCGGAGAGCCAAAAGCUUUUAGUCUUUCAGAACAGUGGGAGGACCCUAGCUGUCCAUCCAUCAUGAUUUUUAGCAAACAGCAAAGCGUGAUAUGAGAGCCUUCGCAUUUUAUCGCUGUCCAUUUAACUAAAACGGUGGCAUGUUUCGUCUGAUGCCGUUUCUGCUGCGCUCUAUCCGUAGUGCCUUUCCACGGCUCAGAAGGCAUCGGAAGCCUGUUCGGAUGAAAGUAUAAGUGAGCCUUUAGGCACGUCUGUCAAAUCAGGCGAUGUUAAAUAGACUAGUCACUCCAAAUGACAACAAUGUUGGUUCAUUUAAGUGGUAUUAAAAAUGUAAUGCACUUUCUAGUUUAUUCAGUAGGCUUACCCUGUUUCUACACCCAUUGGAUGUUCUAGUAGGUACCCCACUGAGUAGUUACACACUUAUUGACUGUAGCCCACAUGAUGCUGUGAUCAUGUGACCAUCAUAAGCACAACUUACCACGUAUUUUUUUUUUGGUGGUUGAUCCUCCUCAGCUUAGAAGUGACACUGAUGUGGUAGUGCAUGUUUCACUGCCAUAGGAAUAGCCAACACCGCAGCAUUGCUGGGGAUCCCCCCCCCCAUCGAUGCACUGGAUAGAAGUGGGGUGACAUUAUGCAUAGAAAUAAAGUCAGUAAUUGUUUACCAAGAAAUCAACCAUAAGGCCAAGGAGUCUAACAGGAGGUCAUUUCAGAUUCUGAGCUGUAUCAAUUUAGUCAGGAAGUACAGUACUAUAAUUAUAGUCAUGGGCCUUUAUUUCCAUGAAAUGUUCUGUCCAGGAAUAAUAAGGGUUUUUUUUUUUUUUUUUUUUUUUAAAAAAGAGA